GCUCCAAAGCGGCCGCCUAGUGCUGCUGCUGCUACUGCGUGUGGCGGGGACGAGGACACGGACACGAACACGAACGAGAGAGGGCGGAGUGAUCCCACAUCUUGUACAUUUCACUGGGAGCCGCUCCAUCUCCUUGUCAAUUUCUCCCGCGCCGCUGCAGGUCCCGGGCGAUGGCCAGCGGCAGCGAUGGCUCCAGCCCACCGACUCUCCACGGUCUUCCUGCUCCUGUACAUCAGCGCCGCGGCGGCGUUGAAGUGCUUUUGUAAGAAUUGUGUGAAGGAGAACCAAACCUGUGAGACGGACGGGGCUUGCCUGGCCUCCCGCUCCAGAAUCCGUGGUGUUGAGCACGAGAUCAGACUCUGCGUGUCCCAACAAGACUUGUACCCACCCAUCUACUGCCAGAGCGACAAGGAGUACGUCAAUACCAUCUGCUGUUACAAGGACUUCUGCAAUAAGGAGGAGUUGCCUCCUCCUGAAGGUCUGAAGCACGAUGCCUUUGACGGCUGGGGCCCGGUGGAGCUGGCGGCGGUGAUUGCUGGGCCCGUCUUCCUUCUGUGCGUGGUGCUGAUGGUGACGGUCUUCCUGUGCCACUACCACCACCAGCGGGCCUACCACGACCGCAACCAGCUGGACAUGGAGGAACCCUCAUGUGACCACAUGUACAUCUCCGAGGGCAAGUCGCUGAAGGACCUCAUGUUCGACAUGACCACCUCUGGUUCUGGAUCAGGUUUGCCGCUCUUCGUGCAGCGGACCAUCGCCCGGACCAUCGUCCUCCAGGAGAUCAUCGGCAAGGGGCGCUUCGGCGAAGUGUGGCGCGGGAAGUGGCGGGGCGGCGACGUGGCGGUGAAAAUCUUCUCCUCGCGGGAAGAGCGCUCGUGGUUCCGGGAGGCGGAGAUCUACCAGACGGUUAUGCUGCGCCACGAGAAUAUUCUGGGCUUCAUCGCGGCCGACAACAAAGAUAAUGGUACGUGGACGCAGUUGUGGCUUGUGUCGGACUACCAUGAGCACGGCUCCCUGUUCGACUACCUGAACAAGUACACGGUCACCAUCGAAGAGCUGAUCAAGCUGGCUCUGUCUGCAGUCAGCGGCUUGGCCCAUCUGCACAUGGAAAUCGUGGGCACCCAGGGUAAACCUGGCAUCGCCCAUCGAGACCUGAAGUCCAAGAACAUCCUGGUGAAGAAGAACGGCCUGUGUGCCAUCGCUGACCUGGGGCUGGCUGUGAGACACGACUCUCUGACUGACACCAUUGACAUCGCCCCCAACCAAAGAGUGGGCACAAAACGGUACAUGGCACCAGAGGUACUGGAUGAAACUAUCAACAUGCAACAUUUUGAUUCUUUUAAGUGUGCGGACAUUUACGCACUGGGCCUGGUGUACUGGGAGAUCGCACGCCGGUGCUCUGCUGCAGGAGCCCACGAGGAUUAUCAGCUGCCGUACUUUGACCUGGUGCCCUCCGACCCCUCCAUUGAGGAGAUGAGGAAGGUGGUUUGUGAGCAGAACCGGCGGCCAAACGUGCCGAACCUUUGGCACAGCAGUGAGGCACUGCGGGUCAUGACCAAGAUCAUGCGCGAGUGCUGGUACGCCAACGGUGCCGCCAGGCUGACGGCCCUGCGCAUCAAGAAAGCCCUGUCGCAGCUGAGCAUACAGGAGGACGUGAAGAUGUAAGGACUGUUGCGGGCGCGCCCUGGGACACAAGCCUCCGCCAUCUUCCUUCCAUCUGCCGAACUUUGUCUACCUCACAGCCCGUAGCCAAUCUACUGAAGUGUUGGCUGGACAAGUAUCCAGUUUAGUAAAGGAAAAAUGGGGUGAGAACACAGUGCAAACUAACACUACACUAAGUAUUAAGGACUCGGGGUAUUCUCAAAUUUAGUCGGGCAUUUUGGCGAUAUUCAAAAUGGCCGCCAAAUGCUGCCCAAAUUUAGUCGGGUAUAUUGGCGAUAUUCAAAAUGGCCGCCAAAUGCUGCCCAAUGGCGGGGAAAAAAACGCAGAACUGCUCUUGACAAAAAAAUUGGCAAUUGCAUGUUUGAUUUUUUUGUUUUAGUUGUCGAGAGAGAGAGAGGGAGAGAAUCACAAAACUAUUGGACUUGUUUUUAAAGGUGCCCUUUGUACGAACUGUGGCCACCCCAGGGUUAUUAUGUUUCCGAAAUUUUAUUUUGGUGAUUUUAUAAACUGUGUUUUUAAAAAAAAGUCAAAGUUCUCGUAAGAAGUGGAGGAGAUUAACUCGCCGAUUUAAAAGGAAAAAAAAAAACAGAAUUGUGUGUGUGUAGAUA